CGCUCCGCCCCUCCCGCGCCGGGACCGAGCGCUGGGGCCGCCGCUGCCGCAGCCACCGGGCACCGGGCACCGGGCACCGGGCAUGGGCCGCGCCGCGCCCCCGCCGCGGGCAUGAGAGCGCGGCCGAGCGCCGAGCUGCGCCGCGGGCUCCGCGCGGAGCCAGAAGAUGAAGCCCAUUGUCCAAAGAAGACGAUCUACCUCAUCUGCCAUUACUAAAGCUCUUGGCAAAUCAAAGUCCCAUUCCAGGGAAGCUACUCUUUCCUCUUCCCAUUCAGACAAUGGGCUGCCAAGUGGGGUGUUCAGCAGCCCAGGCUCCACCUUCAUCCUGGACGAGCGAGUGCAGCUGACCGUGGGCCUGCAGACCCAGGAGAGACACCUGAUUUUGUUCAGUGAUGUGCUGGUCAUUGCCAAGUCCAAAUCCUCCUCCAGCCUGAAGCUGAAAAAGCAAGUGCAUCUGAGUGAAGUGUGGACUGGCACCUGUCUCAGUGAAGUGACAGAGAAAAAGAUGAGUCCAGAGAAUUCAUUUGUCAUUGGCUGGCCUAUCACCAACUAUGUUGUCACCUUCAGCUCAGCUGAUGUGAAGGAACGAUGGCUGUCAGCAUUACUGUGGCAUAUCAAUGAGGUAAAACAAAAUGAGUAUAUGAAGAAUCUGACCCUUCAGAUCGUCGUGCUGGAUGAUGACAACUGUUCUUCUACUACUGCAGUCAACGUGUCCAAUGUGGAAACUGCAGAGAGUGUGAUGAAGAAGGCCCUUCUACAGCUUGGGCUCCCUGGCAGGACCAGUGAACACCACCUCUGGGUGGUCCCAGGAAAAGAUGAGCCUGCUUACCCUCUCAUUGGGCACGAGCAUCCCUUCAGCAUCGCCUUGAGCUGUCUCCGGGACUCUGCUGACCAGCAGCAAAGAACCAACAACAACACUCUCCUGGCUGAUGGGACAGAGGCCUCCUUCCUUGCUCAGCUCCCAAAGGAAAAACAGUGUCAGUUUGUCCUGAAACCCAGAGUCCAAGCUCCGAUGCAGCUGAGGAGAGAGUCACUGCAGAAACACACCAAGAGGAAGAAGUCCCUGAUUGACUGGGCCCUGCGCCGCAGCACCUGCACGCCCACGGGCAGCCCUCCCUCGCAGUCACCCACCACACCACGGAAACUCUUCGGCCUCUCCCUGUCCUCUGUCUGUCCUGAUGGAAUCCUUCCCAAGCCAAUCAUGGAUAUGCUGCUCCUCUUGUACCAUGAAGGUCCCUCUACUAGGGGCAUUUUCAGGCGUUCUGCCAAUGCCAAGACUUGCAAGGAAUUGAAAGAGAAGCUGAACUCUGGAGAUGAUGUUCAGGUGGAUGGAGAGUCAGUCUUUGUGGCUGCAGCUGUCAUCACGGAUUUUCUCCGAAAUAUACCUGACAGUGUUCUAUCCUCAGACAUGCACGGACUGUGGAUGGAAGCUGUGGACACAGAAAAUCGGGCACAUAAGAUUGAAGCUAUCAAAAGUCUUGUCAACCAGCUUCCAGAGGCCAACCUCAUCUUACUCAGACACCUCUUUGGAGUCCUGCAUCAUAUUGAGCAGAAUUCUGGAGUGAACCAGAUGAAUGCCUUUAACCUGGCUCUUUGCAUAGCACCCAAUAUGCUGUGGCUGCCAAGUCCCACUGGGCCUGAAGAGGAAACCCAGUCUACAAAGAAGGUGGCCUUGUUAGUGCAGUUUCUGAUUGAAAACUCAGGAGAGAUUUUUGGGGGUGAUAUUGCUUCCUUGUUCCAAAGAGCUGACAAAAAGAAGUCCAAAAACUCAGCAGAAUCUCUGGAUAUAGGCUUGGCUCAGCAUGAUGAUUCCUCCGAUGAGCUGGAGUUUUCCACCUGUGAUCCAGAAGGGCCGAAGCACCCCCUGGAAUCUGAAACAGAUGCCAUUUUUGAAGCGCCCAGCAGCUUGCUACUCGAUGAGGAUCAGGAAGACUGGGACUUGUUCAGUGAGAUCACAGCCUGCUACCAAAGCAAAGCCCAGACCAAUGCCAGUGCAGACAGCUACGAGCUCCUGGAGGAGGAUGGCUCCUUCUGCUCCAUGAGCUCCAUCCGCUCGCUCAGCCCGGCCAGGGACCGCUGCUCCUCCGAGCCCAGCGUCUGCCUCAGCUCCCAGCUGCCCCCGCAGAGCCACGAGCCCGUGGCUCGCCAGUCCAGCUGCGACGCCACCAUCAUGAGCAGCCACACUGACUACAUCCACAGGCUCAGGCAGCUGCAGAUGGAGAGCCAGAAGCUCAUUGAUGAAGGCCUAAGCCCUGGGGUUAAUAAGGCCAGGCAGAAUUUAUGGCAAUCACCUCAGACCACCUCCAGGGUGAAGCAGCUCAGCCUUCAGAAGUCCAGCCUGUCCAACAGGUCCAGCUUUUCCAGCCUGUCCUCUACCACCACCUCCCCAUCUGCCUCCUCACUUAGCUCCUUAGACAGUGCUUUCUCCUACUGCUCAGAGUCAUCAGCCAUUAGUCCCACAGAUGUCUCAUCCCUGCCAUUCAUGUUUGGCACUUCUGCCAGGCUUCAUGCUGUGUCUCCCACAGCUGCCAAGAGGUCCCAAAAAGAGUGGCACAAAUCCUUCCCAUCUCCUGUGCCUUCACAUCUGUGCAAUCUGGACAGUUUUCAUGAGGGUGAACCCAAGGCUGGAGAGACCAGUCAUUGCUUUGGAGAGCAAAAAAGUUUUCCAUGUGUCAGCAGAGCUGCCAUGGGAAGCCCGUUCACUGACAUUGACUGGGAAGAAGAGGAGAGACAGCUGAGUUGUUCAGGGUGCCCUGGCCCAGGGUUCAGGAGCCAGGAUUAUACCAAAGAGUUUGAAGAAAGCCCUGAGUACCCAGCUGCCAGCCCAUCCAGUGAGACAUCCCCACAGGUCAGCCACCAGCAGCACAGGGAGAAGACAGUGAAGAACAUAGAAAUCAAAGGCAUUGAUGACUGCCCUCUGAGCCAGGAAAGCCUGAAGCGCACCAAGAUAACUUUUUAUGUGGCCCCAAAUAAAGAAAGCUCUUGGGGGUCUCAAGGGGAAGAAGAGGAGAGAUCUGUGACAAACACCAGCAGCAGAGACUCACCCAGCAGCAGCAGUGAGCAGAGCCUGUCCAAGAGCUUGCAGACUGUGAGAGUCCACAUCCCCCAGACAGUUUUCUAUGGGCAGAACACCCCCCUUGUCCUGCAGUCCAUCUCCAGGCGCUACCACCAUGAACCAACAGUCCCAUCCCUGCAGGCUGAGCACAGAGAGAGCCCCCAAAGUGCCUCUGCUCCCGAGGAGCUGGAGAGAAAACCAAUGGAAGUGGCGCAGGCGCCAGUCCAGAGCAAGGGCUUUGACACAUUCAGCCACACCAUCCGCGUCAUCCUGCCCGACUCCAUCCGAAACACCAUCAGGGACUAUUUCCAGCAGGAUGAAACCCAGCCCUGCCCCACAGCAGAGGUGGAAGCAGUGGAGAAGGAACUGCUCCGGAGCAGGGUGGAGUGGCUCAGGAGCCAGCCUCUGGCUGAGGUGGCCCCAGAGGAGCGUGACACAGCCAUGUUUGCAGAAGAGACAUUUGUCUAAAGCCAUGGAUGUGGAAGAACUAAAUAUUUUUUUUUGUGUAUGUGCAACAGAAAAUAUUCUGUAAUAUAUGAUCAGGGUGUGAAGAAUUUAGCAGGCUGCAUGGGGCAACAAGUGUAAAGUGACACUAAUGUAUAUGUAAUGAUGGGGUUCAGUACUCAUUUUGGUGGGAGGUGGGGAGGGCUGUUCUUGUGUUUUCUUUAUGCCCUUUUCUGAUGGAGGAGACUUCACUGGCUGGGUGUGGAGUGAAUACCACCAGACUCUCCCUGUCCAUGAAUUAGCUGACCUGUACAGGGCCUGACUCCAUUUUUUUUUAUAGCAGGAAAAGAGAAACAUUGCUUUAUUUUCUCCAGUCAGCUGCUGAUGUGCAUGGAUGACUGGACAGCAGGGACAGCUAAUACUCCAUAAGAAUUAGUCAAAAAUCUUUACACUUGCACAAAA